AUGGGCGACAACAGCACCAUGCCGGUACCUUCUUUGACUGCUGCGGCCUCGGCCUCGGCGUCCGCCACAACGUCCUCCUCCGCUGCCACCGCCGCCACCACGCCUUCGUUCACCGUCAAGGCCGGGCUGGCACAAAUGCUCAAGGGCGGGGUGAUCAUGGACGUGGUGAAUGCCGAACAGGCACGCAUAGCUGAAGAGGCGGGAGCUUGCGCGGUCAUGGCGCUGGAGCGUGUGCCGGCCGACAUCCGCAAGGACGGCGGCGUGGCUCGCAUGUCGGACCCGCAGCUCAUCAAGGAGAUCCAGGCGGCGGUGACAAUCCCGGUCAUGGCCAAGGCGCGGAUCGGGCACUUUGUCGAGUGCCAGAUCCUCGAGGCGCUCGGGGUCGACUACGUCGACGAGUCCGAGGUGCUCACGCCGGCCGACGACACGUACCACGUCGAGAAGAGCGGGUUCCGCGUGCCGUUCGUGUGCGGCUGCCGCAACCUGGGCGAGGCGCUGCGGCGCAUCGCCGAGGGCGCCGCCAUGAUCCGCACAAAGGGCGAGGCCGGCACCGGCGACGUCGUCGAGGCCGUCAAGCACAUGCGCACCGUCAACCGCGACAUUGCCCGCGCCCGGGCCGCCCUGGCCGAGGGCGGCGACCUCGCGCUGCGCGCCAUGGCGCGGGAGAUCGAGGUCGACCCAGCCCUGCUGAGGCAGGUCGCCGAGCUGGGCAGGCUGCCCGUCGUCAACUUUGCCGCCGGCGGUAUCGCCACCCCCGCCGACGCCGCCCUCAUGAUGCAGCUGGGUUGCGACGGCGUCUUCGUCGGCAGCGGCAUCUUCAAGAGCGGAAACGCCGCAAAGAGGGCAAAGGCCAUCGUGCAGGCCACGACCCACUUCCGCGACCCCCACGUCCUGGCCGAGUGCAGUGCCGGCCUGGGCGAGGCCAUGGUCGGUAUCAACUGUGGGACCAUGAAGGACGACGAAAAGCUGGCUGGAAGGGGAUGGUGA